AUGGAACAGCAAGAUAUCGAAAUACCGUCGACUUCACCGUCUUCGAAACAGCGCCGCGAUACGCAGAUAUAUUCUCCCCUGCCGAGACCAUUGCUGCAGCCAGAACACCGAGACCCCCAGCUGUCCUCCUCCGAACCCACCCUCCGAUUUCCACUGCCGCAGGGCGACCAGAACCUUGCUCACUGGAUCUCUAGCAGUGAUCCGGACAUUAUGCACUUGACAAGUGUUUCGGUCGAGGAUGCCGGCCUGUCCGAGUCCACGUACGAGUUGAUAGGAGGCACCGAUACCGAGUCUCAGGACGGCAACUACCUGGACAAUAUUAGCGAGUCCGUCGGCUCGCUCGACAUGCAUCGCCCAGACGAUGUCAUAAGCCUUGCUGGAACGGAAAACACUUGUGAUGAAGACUCCGUCGCCGAUGUUACCGAGGAACACCAUGCACACCGUGGGAUCGAUGAGCAUGAGUUCAGUCGAGGGCCAGAGCUCAGCCAUUUCCAGUUGCACCACGUUUCCGCUGCGGAGAACUCCGACGAUGAUGACAAUUCCUCCAAGGCUUCUCUAGAGUAUGCAGAUAAUAGCCUGCGUACCCCCUCGAUUCUUACUCCCGAGGCCAGCCGGUACUUGGUCAAGCAAGAUGAAGUCGCUAAGAAGAACUUUCUUACCAGGGGGCUUUUAUGGACGCAUGGUGUGUCGGACUCUCUCGCAGAAAUGUGUCUUUCUGCACUACCAGUCUUUGUCGCUCUUCUCGCUGUGGCCAUCGUCACCCAAACCUUCGUCCCGAGCGCCGAGACCGACUCUGAGCCUGCCGUGUCUGGUAUCGCGGCUGUGCCAACGGUAACACCUUCUACGCGGAGCCAACACCAGAAUACCGUGACACUUAGCUCGCCUACCUCUGGAGUUGCGCUGAUCCCGUUAACCUCUUCGCCAGACGAAGGCCUCUUCCGUUCACGGAAACCGACUGUCUCAUUCACACCUCACGGCAAGAAUGACGUUCUGAUUCACGUUGCCCAGGACGUCAGAGAUACUUGGAUGACGAGCAAAUGCCUUGAUGUUUCUGUUUUGAGGAGCACGCAGGAGCUUGAAUUUUCACUAUCUGCCGUUGACGACGGCAUCCUCGUGAAGUUUCCCCGCCGAGAGGCUUACGGUGUGGUCAACCUCUCCAUCAAGAGCAUGUGUCGUCCAAAGACAGAAAAGGCCAUCAAGGUUCACUUUGGCAAGGGGAUCAUUGUGGACGCUUUUGAGAGGACAAAGAGCCUCGCACAAGAUCUGUCGGAGCUGGUCCCCGUUGCAGUAUAUGAGGCAGAGCGGUGCCUCGCCGGAGCUAGACGUGUUCUUGGAUCUGCUUCGGACUCAUUUUCCCAUGCAUGGCUAGUUGGGGCCGAAAGAGCACAGGAUCUAUUAAUCAGUGCCAAUAUUGGCACUGGUGACCAUCUUGCCAGCUCUGUCUCCGAUCUUUGGCGACAGGCUGUUAACUUUAUCCAUUCCACCACCGAAAUCCCGCACAAAUACUCCAAAUACGCACACUCAGUGCGCAGUGUUCAAGCGCAACUUCGACUCGGGCUCCUGGAUGCGCAGAUCUCCGCACGCAUGUGGUGGCUCAAGAUACAAGGCAAGGACGAGGAGUACCAGAUGUAUGCUAGCAUGGCACAAGUGUACCUACAGCAGAAGAAGGCGGCAGCUAAAGAGCUUCUACAAAAACUCCAGUCGAGGGCCAAGACAACGGCCUAG